AAUGUAACCGCUGGCUGUGACAGUGACAGCUCGGCUCCGUCCCCACCUUCAUCACCGCCGUCAUCGUCGUCCAGCUCAGCAGCAGCAGCAGCUGCAGCUGCAGGUUCCUCAGCAGAGGCAGAGCUCUCUGCCGCCGUGGAGGAGGCUGAGGAAGGCUGCUCGCACCUUCAGGAGGAGGAAGAAGAUGAUGGGGAAAUGGCAGCUGCACACCAGCAAAUGUAGGAAUCGAGAAACGCGGACGGACCUGCUUUUAUGACACAAAUCUGGCUUCUUCAGCAUCACUGGGAAUUCAUUCAAAUCCAAAAGACUCACCUAGAAACCAUGGACGGAUCUUCCUCCUCCCUCCAGUUCGGAUCAAAAAAGCGGGUCAAAAUUCACCCCAACACAGUCACCGUCAAGUAUGCCACCCACUUCCCCCAGCCUGGCGACGAAGGCUACGACGAUGCACCCUCUUUUGAGGACUUUGGCGCCUUCGCGGAAGCGAAUGCUGGAAAAAGACUGGUGUCUGACUCAAAGGGGGGAAGGACUUUCUUUGGAACCAUGGAGACCCAGCCGAAGCAGCCAAGUGUGCAAAGGGAUAAGGGGGUUGAGGGUCAGCUGGCGAGCUUCGGGGAGGCCAAUGUGCUGGCCUCCAGGGUGACUUGGAUGGCCCUGUUUGGAGCGGCGGUGGCUCACGGCUGUGUGGCGCUCAUCACUCGCCUGGCAGCAGACCGCUCCAAAGUUCCCUCACUGGAGCUGCUGUUCAUCCGCUCUGUGAUUCAAGUGCUCUCCGUCCUGGUAGUCUUCUACUAUCAUGAGGCUCCCUUUGGCCCUAAGGGCUACCGACUUCGUCUCUUCUUAUACGGGGUCUGCAAUGUGAUCUCAAUCACCUGCGCCUACACGUCCUUCGCCAUAGUACCGCCCAGCAACGGCACCAUCAUGUGGCGGGCCUCCACCACGGUCUUCAGUGCAAUACUGGCCUUCCUGCUGCUGGAUGAGCGGCUGGGCUACACCGACGUGGUGACAGUGGUGGGGAGCGUGUUCGGUCUAUGCCUGGUUAUGGUGCCGAACGUCGCCGAUGAGGAAAAAUCCCGGCUGGGCUUUUGGAAAGAGGCCUUCGGGUACACAAUGACAGUGAUGGCUGGCGUGACUGCCGCCCUCUCCAUGAUUGUCUACAGAGCUAUCAAGGAGCGGGUCAGCAUGUGGACGGCCCUCUUCACCUUUGGCUGGACCGGCACUGUGUGGGGCGCCUCCACCAUGUUCAUCAUGCAGGAGCCCAUCAUUCCUCUGGACGGGGAGACCUGGGGGUAUUUAAUUGGGAUAUGCAUAUGCUCCACCGUGGCAUUCCUCGGAGUUUACUACGCUCUAAAUAGGUUCCAUCCCGCCUUAGUCAGCACAGUGCAGCACCUGGAGAUCGUGGUUGCCAUGUUCCUGCAGCUCAUCGUUCUGAGGAUGAUCCCAUCGGUGUAUGAUGUCAUCGGAGGCCUGGUCAUCAUGGUCAGUGUGUUCACUUUAACAGGAGUCAAGCUGUACCGGGUCAGCAGAGCAAUCCGGCAGGAUUAUCAAGAGAUCCUGGACUCACCAAUCAAAUGAAUAUCAAUAUGUCAGUCUGUUUGUUUACAAUAUUACUUGGUUGUGCAAUUUAAAGAAUGUCUGGAUUUUCAUCUGAUCACAUUGUAAUGUUGUGCUGUUGAAAGAGUGCCAGUUGUGUAACUCUUGUCUUAAUAUUUGUGUGUGUAAUAAAAGACAAAUGUGAUAUGGUGA